AUGCUCGAUUCCGUCCUCCUCGCCCUUUUCUUGCCCUGCCUCGGCAUGAGCGCAGUUUUCAUCGUCUACAUGUGCCUUCUCUGGUACGCCACCACUCACCACACCCAACCCACGUUACCGGCUAAGCCCGUCUCCGAAAAGGGCCUCUCCCCUUCCGAGCUCGAUAAGUUGCCCAAAAUUACCGGAAAAGAGCUUGUCUUGGGAACCGAAUGCGCCGUUUGCCUGGAGGAGAUCGGGAUCGAGCAACCCGCACGAGUGGUUCCCGGUUGCAACCACGGCUUCCAUUUGGAAUGCGCUGAUGCCUGGCUCUCCAAGCACCCUCUCUGCCCCGUUUGUAGAACCAAACUCGACCCUCUCCUUUUCACUCCCUCUCAAAAUCCAUGCUGA